UGUUCCCGGUGGCGGGCCUUCCGAUGGUCGAGCAUCUGGUGAAGGCGUGUGCGCUCGUGGACGGCAUGAAAGAGAUAAUCCUCAUCGGCUUCUAUCAGAUCCACAUGUUCUCGGCGUUCAUCGACUCGAUGGUCAGGAAGUACAACAUCUCUGUCCGCUAUCUCCAGGAGUACACGUCGUUGGGAACCGCCGGAGGUAUCUAUCACUUCCGCGAUCAGAUCCGUGUCGGAGAUCCGGAGGCAGUGUUUCUCUUGAACGGUGAUGUCUGCGGGGAGUUUGCGCUCAAAGAGAUGCUCGACUUUCACCGAAGUCUACCCAACAAUAAGUUGAUCACAAUUAUGGCCACAGAAGCCACACGUAAUCAGUCAUCCAAUUAUGGCUGUAUCGUUGAGGACAAAGACACUCACGAAGUGUUGCAUUACGUGGAAAAGCCGCAGACUUUCAUCAGUUCGACCAUCAAUUGUGGUGUUUAUCUCUUUAAAACG